AUGUCGGAAGAUCAACGAGAAACGACUCCCACAACAGCUCUUAUCAUUUCCGAAUGUGACCCUGAUGCGGAGAAAGAACAAAAGGAUCCAUUUCCGGAGAUUUUUCAAAAAGAUAUUGACAAAUAUGAACGAUUAAUGGAGGCGCUUGCACACAUACGAAAGGAAGCUCUCCUCGCAUAUCACGCAAAUAAAGGCCAAAAGAGAAGACUCAGACAACAUCUAAGUCAAGCCAAGCUUUUUAUUAGCGAAUAUCGAAAAGAGCUUCAACCAUCAUCUAUGCCCAUAAAAGAGAAACGUGUAAGAAAAGAAGAAACGAAGGAUUCCAUGCUUCCCAAGGAUGUUUUG